CUUCCUCUCGCUCAGCUGCCGCGCGGCGGGCCGCUCCUCCUUCCUCACCCGGGCGCCCGCGGAGAUGUUUAACCGCGCGGUGAGCCGGCUGAGCAGGAAGCGACCGCCGUCAGGCAAGUAGCUACAGUAUGUGAGUUGGAGAUCCCCUGUGCCCCACCCCUCAGUCAGGGGGCUUUUGAGGAGUCUGGAGUAAGAGAGGGCAGCAGAUGGGCGGGUACAAAGAGUCAUUCAAUCCUUCGGUCCGUGCACGAGGUCAACAGCGUGCUGCCGAGCCAUGCUGGAGCCUGGGGAAAAAGGAAAAAUCGACAUCCACGACAGUGAUGGGAGCUCCAGCAGCAGCCAUCAGAACCCCAAGAGCACAGCCAAGUGGGCGGCCUCUCUGGAGAAUCUGCUCGAAGACCCGGAAGGCGUGAAGAGAUUUCGGGAAUUUUUAAAAAAGGAAUUCAGUGAAGAAAAUGUUUUAUUUUGGUUAGCAUGUGAAGAUUUUAAGAAAACACAAGAUAAGAAGCAGAUGCAGGAAAAGGCCAAGGAGAUCUACAUGACCUUCCUGUCCAGCAAGGCCUCGUCACAAGUCAACGUCGAGGGGCAGUCCCGGCUCAACGAGAAGAUCCUGGAAGAGCCGCACCCCCUGAUGUUCCAGAAGCUCCAGGACCAGAUCUUCAACCUCAUGAAGUACGACAGCUACAGCCGCUUCUUGAAGUCUGACUUGUUUUUAAAGCACAAGCGAACCGAGGAGGAGGAGGAGGAGCCGCCCGACACGCAGACGGCAGCGAAAAGAGCGUCGAGAACUUAUAACACAUGAGCCCCCCCCCCCCCCCCCCCCCCCCCCCGCAGCGGUCGGCACUGGCAGCUCCCUGGCGCCAAGGAACUCGGGACCAUGCAGGGUUAAGAAUUGCUUUGUUAUCUGCAAGGACUGAAAUGUACAAAACCCGUCCAUGGGAUACGUGUAUUUUAUUAACUGCUUGACCAGUCAGUUUUGCAUGAUGGCUAAUCUUACAUAGAGAACACACAUGUUGCUUUGAAGUUUAAGUUCACAAACACACGGGUGGAAGGAGUCCUUAAACACUGGACACUGAGCAUUUUACAGUUUGAUUAAACGUCAGGCGAGGCCGCCAGGCGACACGUCCA